AUGUCUUCUGCCGAUUUCUCUGACCGCGAGCACCCUGAUACUGUCGUCCUCUUUGAUGUAGACGGAACAUUGACUCCUGCUCGUGCUUUUGUUUCUGAUGAAAUGUUGCGAACUUUGAGGAACCUCCGCAAGAAGGCCGCUAUCGGUUUUGUUGGCGGUUCUGAUAUCAGCAAACAAUAUGAACAACUCGGUGAAACAAUUCUUGAAGAUUUCGAUUACUGUUUUGCUGAAAACGGUCUUACUGCUUAUCGUAAGGGCAAGGAAUUAGCUUCUCAGAGCUUCAUUCAAUGGAUCGGCGAAGAAGAAUAUACCAAGUUGGUUAACUUUUGUCUGCGCUAUAUUGCUGAUAUGGAAAUUCCUCAAAAGCGUGGUACUUUCAUUGAAUUCCGUAGAGGUAUGAUUAACGUCUCUCCUAUCGGCCGUAACUGUACUCGUGAGGAACGUAACAAUUUUGAAAAGUUUGAUCUUGAGCAUAAGCUUCGUGAAAAGUUCGUCGAAGCUCUCAAAAAGGAAUUCUCUCACUUAGCUUUGACUUUCUCUAUCGGCGGUCAAAUUUCAUUUGAUGUCUUCCCUACCGGUUGGGAUAAGACUUAUUGUUUACAGCAUGUAAAGAAGGAUGGAUUCACAAAGAUUCACUUCUUCGGUGAUAAGACCUUCAAGGGCGGCAACGAUUACGAGAUCUACGAACACCCUGAGGUUACCGGUCAUAGUGUCAAAUCUCCUGAAGACACCAUCCGUAUUCUCAAAGAACUUUUCCCUGGUAUUUAA